AACGAGAUCCUCGCUUCCCUGAACGAGCACUUCGACACGGUCUACAGCCUGGCCACAAAGCCUGACACAAUCUUCAAGCCUCCAGAGGAUGGCAAACGCGAAAAUUUGGCCAACGAGCCCAAAGCCAGUUUGUCAAGUGGGCAAGGAGACGCCGCUGCCGCCACUGCUGCAUCCGCUUCGAAAACUGCCGAGGCCUACGCUCGUGCGCAGAGCGGCAUGCCGCUGCGCUGCUGUGACGGCGGUUCUGAUUACGACGACGAGGUUCCCAUUGGGGCGGUGCUGGCGGGGGACUUGGCCUCAGAAGACGACGAGGAGGACAAGGACUUCAG